AUGCUGCCCUUGCUAGCCACCUUGGCACUGGCACUGGCCAUGAUCAGCCGUGCUCCCAUGCAGGCGUCGGCGCUAGCUGCUGGUGAAGCAAACAAUAUCACUUCUCUGAUGGGAACAUGGAGCACAGGCACUGCAAAGGUCUCCACUGGCAUUGACUUCUACAAUCCCGUGAACACCUCUUUCACCAUCCCUGCGACUGCCGGUCAAUCCUACAGCUUCACAGACGAUGGAUACUGGGAGGAGGCACUGUACAUCUACACUGCCAACCCUGCCAAGCCAUCCUGCGUGUCCGCCAGUCUCUUCUGGCAACACGGCACUUGGCAACUCAAUGGCAACAACUCUCUCACCCUAACGCCCUUCAAUGGUGACGGUCGUCAAUUGACCGAGGACCGUUGCAGCUCAACUUCAACUACAUCUGCUUACUACUACCAGCCAGAGUACAUGCUCGGAUUCGACAUUACCCUCGAUACCCACUUUGGGCGACCAGAGUACAGACUGCAACUCUAUGCUUUCGAUGGUGCCCUCAAGCCAGUGAUGUGGCAGACGUACAACCCACCGCAGAUGCUGCCGACGGAGCUCCUUGUAGAGACAAUCUAUGGAACGACGUCGUAG